AGAAAGGUAGGAAAAACGGAAAAAUAGAAAAUUCCCGGCUGUUGUUUUUGGGUUUGUCGUUGUUUUCGCCCCAGUCCGUCCGUCCGUCUUCCACAGCAUUGAACUUGUCGCGGUCGUCAGGUCUCCUUGGUUGUGGCGGUGUGUUGACGAUGGGUCUUCUCUUUUGAAUCAUUGAUCAUUUCUCUGCAUCACGAAUUCUUCGUAGCUCCAUCUUCAUCGCUUCGAAUGUUUGCUUGAAGAAACUGUGUCCAAGUUCCUGCUGCUGGGUCUUUGAUUCCUUCUUUCUUGAUCCUUUUUCCUCUUCUUCAACUUUCCUGCCAAGGAGAAAAGCUCCUUCCUUUUCCCCCUCUCUACCAUCUUUUCUCCUACAGUUUCUUGGGUUGUAAAUGUGGAGCUCUGGAGAGCCCGCGGAUUCUUACUACGAGGUCCGCCCAGAAUGUACGGAUGUUCCUAAAACCCGCUUUAAAAUCAAGGUCUGUUUUCUUCCUUUUUCUUUCACGUUCGAGCUCAUUUCUUUUUGGCAAUUUGAUCUCUGCAUUCUUUGAUCCCUAUACCCUGCUGCUCCUCUUUCGUUAAUUUUGGAUCACUGCACCGUAAUUUGAUUGCAAUGUUUCAGUUUUGGUAUUCCUGCGAUACCCAUAUUGUUUUUCUUUUGCUUGGAUAUGUAUGAUCUGAAGAAAUCACUGGUUUUGGGCAUUGCGAAAUCGAAGUUGAAAAUGGCAGGGGCCUUGUGCCUGUGUAAUUUGUUCAAGAAUCUUCAUGAUCAAUGGCAAUUUUGUUCCAGCUUGUUAAUUACUAGGAAUCCACAUGAUUCGUGUGUUGGUUCCCCACUCUGCUUUUAUUCCUUGCCCAUUAGCAUUUAUCUUUCGGUAUGGAGCGUGUGAAGCUGUGGGGAGGGAUUGAAGAUGCUCAUCUUGAUGUUCAAUCUUUCUGCAGCCUGGUAAGACUCUGAGUGUCAGGAAAUGGCAGGCUGCAUUUACUCCAGAAGGCCACCUGGAUAUAAGCAAGACAUUAGGUCGAAUUCAACGUGGGGUAGGUGCAUCUUUCCUGCAAAGGGAAGCGUAUUUGUUAGUCUGGAAUGUUAGCGGUUGGAGACUUAAAGUCGCUUUGCUUUCUUUCUUGCUCGUUCAGGGGAUCCAUCCAUCAAUUAGAGGGGAAGUUUGGGAAUUUCUACUUGGUUGUUAUGAUCCUAAGAGUACAUUUGAAGAACGAGAUGAGAUUCGACAGCGUAGAAGGUAACAUCUUUUCAUUCUGUUCAUGAAUUAGAUGUAGUAGAGAUCUGACUGAUGUAGGAUAUUAGAGACAUCAUGUCUGCUGUGCUUGUAUCGAAGGUGUCAAAUACGUUAUGUUAAUAACAUUCGUGAUGCUGUUGAUUGGAGACUACCAUUGUACCACCUCAGCAAUUUUUGGCGAAAGCAAAGUUGCUACAACUUUAUCACCUGCAAUAAGAUUACUUACAUUUUGUUUAUUUUUGGCUUUGAUCUUUCCUUGAGUUCUAUGAGAUUCAAUGCCGCUGGCUCCUAGUACCAUCUCAUCACAUCUAUUUUCUCUUCACUUGAAUGAUGUGGCUAGCCAUACUGUUAUUUUCAAAAGCUCAAAUCUUCCCUUCCAUUAACCUUAGGAGAUACUUACUAGUCCACUUCUCCUACAAUCUAGGGUUGAAUAUGCUAAGUGGAAAGAGGAAUGCCGAGAAAAAUUCCCUAUUGUCGGAAGUGGCAAGUUUAUUACCGCACCUGUAAUCACCGAAGAUGGCCAGCCUGUUCAGGAGCCAAUGUAUCUUGUAGGAGCAAGUAAUAAUGCUGCAGCUGAACCUCUCAAGGAUAUGGAUGCUGCUGAGACUGGUGAGACCGGUGAAACUGGUGAAGCUGGUAAAGAAGAUGAAGCUGGUGAAGCUUGUAAAGAGGGUGAAGCUUGUAAAGAGGGUGAAGCUGGUAAAGAGGGUGAAGCUGGUAAAGAGGGUGAAGCUGGCAGUCCAAAAGUGAUCGGUGAAACUGUUGCUAACGGUGAAACUCAAUCAAGUAUAAAUAUUGCCAGUUGGCAAAUGAUGAAAGAGAUUAUCAGCCAUGGCCCUCUGGACAAGAAAGUAAUCCAGUGGAUUCUUACCUUGCAUCAAAUAGGUUUGGACGUGAUUCGCACUGACCGAACGUUGGUUUUUUAUGAGAAGCAAGAGAAUUUGUCAAAAUUAUGGGACAUCCUAGCUGUCUACGCUUGGAUUGACACAGAUGUUGGAUAUUGUCAAGGUUUGUAAAAAAUGUUACGAUUCCUGCAGACUGAACAGAUGUUAUGGCAGAUAUUCAUCUUUGAUUUAUGCUGUAUUGACAUGGCAUCUAUUAACUCCAAUGAUAGCUUUGCAUUCGUCAAUAUGGCAAUGAAAACUAUUCAUCAAC